AUGUUGGCAUUCCAAUCGUCCGAAUCCUUGCUGACCCAAACAUUCAACUUGAAUAUAGGUCUGUUUUUGUGUAUCAUUGACCUGGUAUCUGCUGCGUCCGCCUCGAAUUUCGCGAGCAUUUUCAAUCUCCCUGUCACGUCAAGCUCGAAUUUUACUUUCGCUUUGAAUAUACCCAAUGGCUCUACCGACCUCAAUUUCCACCUGUCCGGCCCGACCGAUUACUCGUGGAUUGCGGUCGGGACGGGCGAUAAGAUGAAGGAUUCUCUUAUGUUUGUCGUUUACUCCAAUGCUGGUCAAAAUAAUGUGACUAUUAGCCCCCGUCUAUCGUCAGGUGAACAAGAACCGGUGUACUCAUCGUCGAUCUCGCUCGACAUUCUGGAAGGAACCGGAAUUUCGAAUGGUACCAUGACAGCCAAUUUUCGAUGCUUGAACUGUACGAGCUGGGCAACGGGUUCGCUUGAUCUCCAAUCCGCCUCCCAAUCUUGGAUUUAUGGACUCGGUCCUACUGGCAGCAUGUGUGCAAUGCUACGGAGUAAUUCUAUGACAGCCAGCAUAGAGAGACACUCGGAAUACGGGAUGUUUACUAUGGAUAUGGUUCGGGCGACUGGUUCUGGUGGACUGCCAACAUCCUAUACAGCAUCCAUCGGUUCGGCUCUAAGCGAUCGCGGGAAAACACACGAUAGUAAUUGGCCUAGCAUCAUCCAUGCUUUGAGCGCUUGCGUAGCCUUCAUUCUCCUGAUGCCGACCGGUGUCGCCUUCCUCCGCAUUGCACCGAAAAGUGUUCGUUGGCACUGGAUCAAUCAAACUUCGUCUGCAGUAAUCGGUCUCAUUGGAAUUAUGAUUGGCUUCUACCUCAGCACCAUGUUCACAAAAUCACAAAACUACGGCUCCGCGCACCAGAUUCUGGGUAUCGUGAUCCUAAUCGCAGUUCUAGCUCAAUGGAUCAUGGGCUUCUCACAUCAUCUCAUGUAUAAGAGGUAUCAGUCGCCGACCAAGCUCGCUCCUGUUCAUCGCUAUUUCGGUCAUGUCAUCGUUCUUCUGGCCAUUGUUAACGGCGGCAUUGGGCUUACGUGGUCAUAUGCGUCCAAGUCUGUCAUCAUUGGUUACUCGAUUGUGGUGCUUAUUCUGGGUGUAAUCUCUAUCUUGCUCUUUGGUUGGUCGAGAUGGGAGUCUAGGCGCAAUAAAAAGGAGUACAUCAACCCCUACGAGCUGGAGAGUUUUCGGGGAAUCGGCGAUAUUGACGGUAACUAG